UCCUUUUUUUCUUUCCGUUCUCAGAAGCACGAUUCUCUUGUACGGGAGCAGCCAUUUUGCUUGGUCAAUUACUGGGCUGAUGGUAACGUAUAGUCCAGCUCAAAUCGCAGGAUUUGUCAUUGUUAUUGAAUAACUAUUGUAAAGGUGAAUUAGGCUAUGCUGAAGUUUGCUAAAGAGAAGUACAAUACGUGACUUUGGUGAAGUUAUAUUUUUAGAUGUCUAGUGCAGAAGAUACUCGCACUACUGAUCAAAGCCUGAGCCCACCGGCGAAGAAGUUCAGGUCUGCAAUAAAUAUAUCACCCAAUUCUAACUGCGAAAAUAACAGCUCAGGUGAGAUGGCACAUAAUGGCUCUUCCAAUCAGGAAAACUCGGGUACAAACAGCAUUGAUGAAGGACUGUACUCACGCCAGUUGUAUGUGCUGGGUCACGAAGCCAUGCGGCGCAUGGCAACAGCUGAAGUGCUUAUAUGUGGUGCAAAAGGAUUAGGAUUAGAAAUAGCCAAAAACAUCAUUCUUGGUGGUGUUAAAAGUGUUACUUUACAUGAUCUCGGGACUUGUGAGAUUAAGGAUCUUUCAUCUCAGUAUUACUUAACAAAAGCUGACAUUGGAAAGAAUAGAGCUGUAGCCAGUGUGCAACAGCUGACGGAACUUAAUAGCUACGUAUCUGUUCAUGCCCAUACUGAAGAUUUAUCUGAAGACUUUUUGAAAAAGUUUAAAGUUAUUGUUCUUACUGAUUCAUCUUUGGAAGAGCAGUACAGUAUAGGAGAAUUUGCUCAUAGCAAUGAUAUAGCAUUUAUUGCUGCAGAUACAAAAGGUUUAUUUGGGCAAGUGUUCUGUGAUUUUGGUGCAAAUUUCACAGUGCAUGAUGUGAAAGGAGAGCAACCGCUGUCAGCCAUGGUGGCAUCAAUCAGCAAAGAUGAUAAAGGUAUUGUUACCUGUUUGGAAGAAACUAGGCAUGGUUUUGAAGAUGGUGAUUAUGUAACAUUUUCAGAAGUUCAGGGAAUGGUUGAAUUGAAUGGAUGCGAACCUAGAAAAGUUACCGUCUUUGGACCUUACACAUUUGGAAUUGGUGACACAUCUAAUUUAAGUGAUUAUAUAAGGGGUGGAGUGGCUACUCAAGUCAAUAUGCCAAAGAAAAUAAGCUUUAAAAGCUUCAAAGAUUCAGUGGCUGAGCCAGAAUUUAUUAUGUCUGAUUUUGCCAAAAUGGAUCGACCUCCACAACUGCAUCUGGCCUUCCAGGGUGUCCUCAUGUUUAAACAAAAGAAUAAUCGUCUGCCAAGGCCUUGGAAUGAUGAAGAUGCAACUGAAUUUCUUUCUAUUGUGAAAGAACUUAAUGCCAAAAUUAAAGAACCAGUUGAGCUGAAUGAAGAUCUUUUGCGUCGCUUUUCCUACAUUUCUGAAGGUGAUAUCUGUCCCAUGCAAGCAGUUAUUGGUGGAAUCACUGCUCAAGAAAUAAUGAAAGCCUGCAGUGGAAAGUUUCACCCUAUUGUUCAGUGGCUGUACUUUGAUGCAUUAGAAUGUUUACCAGAAGAAGGUUCAGUAAAUGAAGAAUUAGCUCAACCAAUGGGAUCUAGAUACGAUGGACAAAUUGGUAUAUUUGGCAGGGAUUUCCAGAAAAAACUUGCUAGUCUGAAGUAUUUUGUGGUUGGAUCUGGUGCUAUUGGAUGUGAGCACUUGAAGAACAUGGCUAUGAUGGGAAUAGCUUCAGAACCAGAAGGGAAAAUAAUUAUCACUGAUAUGGAUCUUAUUGAACGUUCCAAUUUGAACAGGCAAUUCUUAUUUAGACCUUGGGAUGUCGGCGAGAUGAAAUCUGUUGUUGCUGCAAAGGCAGUAACAAAAAUGAAUCCAUCUGUAAAUGUGGAAGCCCAUCAAAAUAGAGUUGGCCCAGAAACGGAAAUGAUUUAUGAUGAUGAUUUCUUUGAAAACUUGGAUGGUGUUGCUAAUGCUUUGGAUAAUAUAGAUGCUAGAACCUACAUGGAUCGAAGGUGUGUCUACUAUCGUAAACCCUUACUAGAAUCUGGAACAUUGGGAACUAAAGGAAAUGUUCAAGUAGUAAUUCCAUUCCUUACUGAAUCUUAUGCUUCAUCUCAAGACCCUCCAGAAAGAUCCAUCCCAAUUUGUACUCUGAAGAACUUUCCUAAUGCUAUUGAGCAUACAUUGCAGUGGGCAAGAGAUGAAUUUGAAGGAUUAUUUAAACAAGCUGCUGAAAAUGCUCAUGCAUAUCUUACUGAUCCAACUUUUAUGGAGCGUACAUUGAAGCUUGCUGGCAACCAACCUCUGGAAGUCCUUGAAACUGUUAAGCGAGUUAUUAUUGAUGAUAGACCUGAAUCAUUUGAGCAUUGUGUAAUGUGGGCACGUCUCCAUUGGGAAGAACAGUAUCACAAUCAGAUCAGUCAACUGCUGUACAACUUCCCCCCAGACCAAGUUACUAGUACUGGUGCUCCUUUCUGGUCUGGACCAAAACGCUGUCCAAAACCUCUUAAAUUUGAUGUGAACAAUCCGUUGCAUCUGGAUUACAUUGUUGCAGCAGCUAAUCUACGAGCUUUUAUGUAUGGCCUUCCAGUCAAUCGAGAUCGAAAAUAUGUUGCAAAUGUUGUUGAUUCUGUAAAAGUACCAGAAUUUAUACCUAAAUCGGGAGUUCGAAUAGCAGUAACAGAUUCUGAAGCUCAAGAAAAUCAUGCUACUGCUGAUAUGGAUCGUUUAUCACAACUGCAGAAAGAACUGCCCACUGCUGAAGAACUGAAGUCCUUGAAUAUUCAACCAAUUGAAUUUGAGAAAGAUGAUGAUACAAACUUUCAUAUGGACUUUAUUGUUGCAGCCUCUAAUUUAAGAGCUGAAAAUUAUGGCAUUGCUCCAGCUGAUAGGCAUAAGAGCAAAUUAAUUGCUGGAAAGAUUAUUCCAGCUAUAGCUACUACAACUGCAAUAGUUUCUGGCUUAGUUUGUCUGGAACUUAUAAAGUUGGUUCAAGGACACAAGAAAUUAGAAUCAUACAAAAAUGGUUUCAUCAAUCUUGCAUUGCCAUUUUUUGCAUUUUCUGAACCUCUGCCUGCUCCAAAACAAAAGUAUUAUGAAAAUGAAUUUACUUUGUGGGAUCGGUUUGAAGUUACUGGUGAGAUGACAUUAAGAGACUUCCUAAAUUAUUUCAAAACUGAACAUAAUUUAGAGAUCACUAUGUUGUCUCAAGGAGUUUGUAUGUUGUACUCAUUCUUCCUUCAGGAGCCUAAGCGGAGGGAAAGAUUAGAUUUGAAUAUGAGUGAAGUAGUGAAGAGAGUCUCGAAGCGUAAAAUAGAACCCUAUGUAAAAGCUUUAGUAUUUGAAUUGUGUUGUAAUGAUGCAGAUGGUGGUGAUGUAGAAGUUCCAUAUGUUAGGUACACUCUGCCGCAACCAAUGAGUGAAUAGUGCAGUUUCUAAUUCAGAAAAAGUUGCUGAAACUUCUGGAGUUUAACAUACAUGUGGAUUUGUAACUGAAAACAGGAUUCUUUGGUUUCUAAUAUAACUGUUCCUGUGGAAGUGUGGAUAAUUAAUAUUUUUGUCAAGCUUAUCAUCUUUUAUAUCCACCAAAUUUUAUAUUUAUUUCCAUGCUUAUUUAUGCGGCUAGUUUUGGCCGACUAUUUUGAAAAUUUUGUGUUGCAGUAACUCGAAGUCAAUAAACUUUUCAUCUUUUUUACUAA